CAGUACUCGGAGAAGCAAGUGUUUACCGUGUAUGGCAAAACAAUAACCUUGUAAUGAAAAAAGUUUGUGAAUACGUACCCGAGCCACUUGAUUAAAUCUUCUAUUUACAGAAAUUUAGAAAGCAUCCUAUAGUUGAACUUGCGAUAUCCCAAAUGUUGCCUAAACUCUGAGCUUUGACAUAGUGUUCUGUUAACGUCAUCGAUGGACGGGCUGUUCGAAUACUAACGUUGUUGGUAAUGUGAAUCAGUCGGUCGCACUGCUUGGAAAUAAAAAUAUGGACCAAGAUUAGUGUGUUUUCCGUUAGUAAAUUAUUUCUGGGAUUCGAUAACGGAACCAUUAUUAUGAGCAUCUCUAUUCAUGAACUGUCGAGUAAUCCAACUGCUGCAUGGAAAGAACUGUCAAAAAAUCAGAAAGUGAUAAAAGUUCAAACGGGUCCACCGAAACCUUUGAUACCAGAUGAUAAGGUUCGAAUAGUAUGUAUGAGUGAUACACACUCAUUGACUCCACAUAUCAGAUUUGACAUUCCAGAUGGAGAUAUUUUCAUACAUGCAGGUGAUUUUACAAAAUGUGGCAGAGAGGAAGAGGUUAUUGAUUUCAAUAAUUGGAUAGGUCAGCUGCCUCACAAAUAUAAAAUUGUUAUUGCGGGAAAUCAUGAGCUGAGUUUUGAUGAAACAUUUACACAGUCUUUGAACAGCAGUCCAGGCGACAGAACUUCUCAUACAGGUUACAGUGUUGUUGAUAAAAUUCCAACAUUGGGUGUUCCAAAAGAAAACAUAACAGAAGCAAUAACAACUCCAAAUGUGAAAAAAUGUUUGACGAACUGCAUAUAUUUACAAGAUGAAGAAGUUGUAGUUUACGGAUUGAAAAUAUAUGGCACACCAUGGCAGCCUGAAUUUUGCAAGUGGGCCUUCAAUGUCCCACGAGGAGCACCAUGUUUGGAGAAGUGGAAUAAAAUACCUGAUGACACAGACAUUCUUGUUACACACACACCACCAAUUGGUCAUGGUGAUCUAUGCUGCUCAGGUGUGCGUGCUGGCUGUGUGGAACUGCUAACAACUGUUCAGCAGAGAGUGAAGCCAAAAUACCAUGUUUUUGGACACAUCCAUGAAGGUUAUGGAAUUACAUCAGAUGGAAAAGUUAUUUACAUCAAUGCAUCAACAUGUGAUAUAAAUUACCUCCCCACAAACCCCCCAAUUGUAUUUGAUGUGUCUUUACCACAGUCUGUAAAUAAAUGAAUAUAUAGUAUAUGGUAUACUCCACAAGAGUUAUAACAAGGAAAGGAAUAUAAGAACUGAUAUUUAUUCAGCAGACGAAGUAUAAGUAAAAUGAUACAAAGUGUACAACAAUGCAUAUAAAAACACAUCUUUUACACAGUUCAUUUUAAACAGAAUAACUGUUAAGUCAUCACAUACACAAAAUAAGUUUGCUGACAAGCAAUCAAUUACAAGGUUUCUCAAAUGUUCUUUGUAAAAAGACAGGUCUCAAAUAAAACUGAAAGCCAGCUUAUUACAACUAUGAA